CUGCGACUAGGAGGCACUCGGGAGGCAGGGAGGGCAUGCGAGCGGAGCACAGUUCAGUAGUCGCCAUUGCAAGUCCCCCCGUGCUCUCGUAUUCGUGUCACUCGUACGCGUGGAGCCGAUUUUCCGCUAACCUAAUCUCCCCGCGAGGGCCCUGAGUGUGCCCCCCCGAUGCAGAGAUAUUGCAACGAGCUCACCGAAAGAUUGUUGAAAUCUCUUGACAAGGAAUACAAUGUCGUCGAUAUGGGAGCUGUUGUGGAUGUCAUUACGGCCCUGGAAAAGACGACGAUCACCAAGGAGUUGCUCGAGAUUACAAGGCUUGGUAAACACAUUAAUGAACUACGACGAAAGACAAGUAAUGAUGCCCUGGCUAAGCGUGCAAAGGACUUGGUACGCCGGUGGCGGGACAUGGUCCUACCAUCUGCUCAUUCCACACCGCAACCCACACCGGCAGACACAGCACCGCCUGCUCUCAAUGGAGCAAAGCCACACAGCCCUGUGCUAAGAUGCUUCAAACCACAAAGUCCAGCGCUGAGAGGCUUAAAACCUCAGAGCCCACUGUUGAGGGACACUGCUGCUCUUAGAGUGCUUAGCCCAGCUUUGUACGUGCACAACGACAAUUCUCAUUCUCCGAACGCAUCGUCGAACAAGCAGCAGUCAAUCACUACGACCAGCAAUCACAAAACCAGCUCGGAUGUGGCGUCGAUGCUCGGUACGUCGAGCCAAAAUCAUGUGACGGAAGCAGUGCCACGAACUCACAGUUCCAACAAACGUCUGCGAAAAGAGGAACCGACGAUAGAUCACCGUGACUCGGACCCGAUCGCCAACAGUGAGCCGUUCAUAAAAAAGCAACGUUUGAACGGCGAAAACAUAAGUGGUAAUUUAAAUUUGCAAGUGCCUAGCCCGACGUUGAAGGAACGAGUCAGUGAUCGUUUCGCGGAUACGUCGAACGAUCCGGACGAUUCGGGCCCGAAGAAGCGCGGUAGAAAGAAAGGCAGCAAGUCUACGAAGAAGCAACCGAUAUUAGAGGAUCGUGUUAAAGAAAAGCUAGCCAGCAUAUCGAGGAAUCCGAAGCUGAAGACGACUCAAGAGCUGCUAGCCGAUCUCCGUGCACGUGGCACCAAUUCUAGCAUUAAUUCGAGUGCUCUACCUAGUCAAAACGUGGAAUCGCCGAGCGUCGAAGACAUUCUGAGAGGCAGCAACGAGCAAGUAUCGAAGUUACUUCGUUGCUCCCAGAACAACUUGUCCCACAGAAGCACGGUUCCGGAAAGCUUGCCGGAAAGUCGGUUGAAAGUUGCGGGGAACUGCAACGAUCUACCAUCCAAGUAUCAAGACGUGUACAAAGAGAAAUCGGCGACGAAUUUUCAGAAAAGCCAAUCGCAAUCUCAAGAUCUAACGGUCGAGGAGAUACUGGCGAAAUUACCGCCUCUAGAUCCAAGUUCUAUAGAUUGGGGUGAAAACGAGAAUGAGCCGACGGAGGACGAAAAGAAUACAGAGUACCCGCCUAGAGAAAUUAGAACAGAGGACAUAGAAAGGUUACAUACGCAGUGUGUAGAAGGACUGAACGGAAACUUCCAACCAAAACUAUCGUCGUUAACUUCUACGUUAAAGGAGGAGAGGGAGGGAAUGUCAGAGAUCAAUGGUGUAAACAGUGUGUAUAGUCAACAACAACUUGACGAGGAAUUUCGUGAAUGGCAUCAGAUGCUCUCGAGGGCCAGUUACGAUGGUCAAAUCCUUCACAUAUUGCCUUAUGUUAUUAUUGAUUAGUAAUUUUAUUAUCUUAUUCUAUUAUUAUUCCCAAACUUGUGAAGAAUCCCUGCAAAAUAUUAAAGAGAUCGAUCGACGAUCACUCUAUUAAACCAAUUUUGUAUUGCAAUUUACGAUUGCUAUUUAUUUCUUGUAUAUGCUCGUGUUUAUCUACCACCCUUUAUCAUCUUUUAUGAAUUAUUCAUUAUUAUUCAAA